GUGAAAUCUCGGUUUGCAAAUUUCUCCGGCGAAGUGUCUUCACGCUACUACAGGCUAUUUUUACUAAAGGGGUGGGGCGGGGAUGGGUCACUGGCGAUGGGUAGUCAUUUAGAACCGCUGUACAAGAAAACAGCAGACAUAACGCGUGACUAAAACUGCUUCGACCUUCGGAUCAAAACAAACGACGCAUUUUUCACGAGAGAGGCAUUGGCAUCUUUUUCAGCAAAAAAAGACACUUUUUAUAACGACAAUGAACUCGUGUGAAUCUUAAGGUAGGUGCCCCAGAAUAAUUAUAAUCCAGGGUUCUAUCAGACAUUUCAUAUAUCAUGAAGUAUGAAAUUCACGGAUAUCUUUCCUCCAUCCGUUGGUUUGUGGUACGAUUGUGUGUCUGUAUAGCUAACCCCUGGAUGUUUUAUUAAUUAUGAAUACAAUUUCGUUCAUGCUAUCUUUCAAACACGAACAGCAGUCGUGUCACUAGAUCUAAGACUUUUAAAGUAACUGUGCAUGGGAUAUUACGUAAACAGUGUUUUGCUAUUGCAAGCUUUGCUGAGUCACAAGACAUCAUUAAAACGUCGAAAAAUUCUCCGUUUGAACGAAGGUUUUGCUCUCUUUUUAUAUCGUAAAUAUCAUAGUUUUAAUCGAUCCCAAUCUGUUCUGAAGCUGUGAAUUACGUAUUUGUCGAACUUUCAUCGACGAGAUUUACAACAUGUUUAGGCAAGUGUACUCCGCUGAGUGGAUUUCCAGUUCUCGUCAGUAACAGCAGCUAGCAGGAAGUAUUUCUCCUUUCUCAUCGGAUUUUUAAUCCUUGAAGGUUGAUCAAGCAAAUAAUCGGAAAUAAGAUCACAUGAGCUGAGGCCUACUUUAAACUACAGUCUUCAUACUCUCCAGUGUUUGUAAAAGAAUUCAAUAAAAAGCGCAAUGCGACAGUAGUUCUAUGAGGAAGAAGUCUUUAAUUGACAAACAUGACACGAUCUCGAGUGUUGUCUCUUCUCACUGCGUCAUGAAACACCUCUUAAUUUCCGUUUAGUGGUUAACCACCAACAAGAUUCGCAAUUAUUGAAUAGUUUAACUUUGAAUCUCUCAGUGUUAAAGUGAAUUCUGAAUGGAAAGGAAUGAUAUAUUAAUACAGGAAAGCGAAAGCGAUACAUUUCCUUGGAGUAGAUCACAUGAUUAUUGCCUGACGUUACCCGGGCGUGAGACUUUUUGCUUCCUGUGCUCUCUUUCAAGUUCGACCCGGCGCAAAGAAGAACUGAUCACGCGAUAAAAUAAAAUAUCUACCAUAUUAACUUUGUUAAACACGAUUCAAACAUGGCUAACAGUACUACCCAUAUGCGAGCAGUUCCUUACCAUUGGAUCAGUUGAAAUCAUUUACACGUGAUGGUUGACCCAUCCGGAUAGGUCACUCCAGAAAUUAGAAACCUCUAAGAAGAGGAGAGAAUUUUCUAAUACAUUUGUAUCACGGCUGCUUAUGAUCGUUUCGUGAAUUAAAGAAGCUUAAUACUGACAGGCUAGGCUAAAGGAGGACGCAUGUAUUGUCGCCUAACGAUUUUUUUUUCUUGUUUAGCCCCAUGAUGUGCUAGCAUGCCGUCCGGAAACAAGAAAUGUUUAAAAUGUCUUAAAACAUUAUUCUGUUUUACUUCUGAAACGUUUGUUUCCCUCUGGGAUAAAUAAAGAGACAUCUGUAUCUUUGACAUGCACAUUUUUUAAACCCGCUGUGAGAGCCAAUCACCGGUUGAAAUCACUGUCAAUAACACUUUCUUCAAGGACCUCUGCAAGAUUGUAAAAUUAACUACGCUAUAUCCUCCUGCCUAAGAGGUCUAACAAGAAGCUUUUUUAACGACUUUUUUUUUUGUACGACAUACGCGAAAUUGAAUAUAGGCGAUAUGGGAUAGCCCUAUAAAUUAUAAAUAAGGAGCAUGGUCUUAUGUUCUACAUCCUCAAUUAUGGCUCCUAAUGAGUGCGUGUUUGAGUCACGCAGAACUGAUACUUUCUCGUCAGCUAAAACUCAUUACUACAUAAAAAAGAUUAAACCUCUUAGUAAUCGAGUGCGAGGGCCCGAUAUCGGGGAAUGUCCGUAAAAAAAGGACUGACGGCCAAUAUUCCCCAGUACGGCUCCAGCAAGCUAGGUUGGUAAGUAGUUUAUUAUAUGCAUGGAACUCGAAAACAAAAAAUACACGGCUUAAGACCGUUUGCAUGGGAACGGUCCGUAUGGCAAAAUCCCGAAGGAAUCAAUCAGGACGUUCGGACUUACCUCAAUAACUACUUUGCCAUAUAAUAAGCAUUUUGCGUCGUAACCUUACCGUGGUCCGCGGAAGCGUUUGGGAGUUUUGUUUUUCUUUCAAAUAAAAUAACAAGCUUUAAUGGAUUAAAAGUUGGCAAGUCCUUGAUGAAUACCGCUUUGGUAAUAUGAAUCUAUCCGCCGGCCACAUUAUUGGCAAUAAAUAUACACCAAUGCGCAUACGAGAAACUUGACAGUUAUGAUAUAUAAAAAUAACAUAACAUAAGUGAAGAGCUUUUUCAAUAGAGCACAACGUGAUAAAAUUACACAUAGAUACACAUUUUAAUAAACCAUGAAUCUAAUCAGUAAUUUUGCGCUUCCCGUUCGCGACCUGUCGCGACGGUGUCCUUGAAGUAGCUGUGGACCUCGUUAACGAAAACUUUCAAUUUUACAUUCAUUUGCUGAAUAUAAUAACCUUUUAAUUUUUUAUCAUGAGCAAAGGAAGGAAAGAGGAAACAUCGCUCGGUGGAUAAGUCGAUUUGGAGCUUUGCAUACAACACUAACAAGCCCCAGUAUGUCUUCAUCUGAUGAAGCUACUCUGAUCACGUGGUACAUUCAGAUAGUAUACAUCAUCGGCAUUAUCGUUUUGGCAAUUGUUGGUAAUAUUCUCAUCUUCUUCGCAAUUUGCAGCAUUAAACGUCUGCAAAGAAUCGAUAACAUGUUCAUUGCCAACUUAGCAGUCAGUGAUUUUCUUUUCACGCUAAUCGAAACAUUUUCGAAUACGACUCGGAAACUAAAUCCGAAUUGGCGACCGCCUCACGAGUUUGUAUGUUAUGUUAUAAUGGCAGCAAGUGUCCUGUGUGCCUCAGCUUCGGUUUUGACACAAACAGCCGUGGCUGUUAAUCGGUACAUCGCCAUUACGAGGCCGCUGCAAUACCCAAACAUUGUAAAGAAGACGAGAGUUUUUAUUUCUAUCAUAGCGAUAUGGAUUGGCGCCACCGUUCUCGCUUUGCCUCCGUUGAUUUGGAGACCUCUAGCAGUUAUUUGCGCACACGAGGAGUCCUACGAGAAACACAUCACCUACGAGAUCGUUUACAUGACAGCUGAGUGGCUUUUUAUCUUCGGGAUUCCAUUCGGAAUCAUGUCGGUGAUUUAUUAUCGGAUAUACCGAAUAGCCCGAACACACGCCAACCGCGUGAGGCCAGGUACGUCCGAUGAGUCGGCCUCGACUUCAGGCAGUGAUACGAACAGUAGGAAUAACAAUAUUUCCAACUUCAAGAGAGAAUUUAAGGCAGCAAAAAUGCUGGUAACAAUAGCUGGAGCUUUCUUAUUUAGCUGGUUUCCUUUUUUCUUGACGUUGACCUUGUGGAAGUUUCAUGGUGGAGUCCACAAUCACCCUAAGGUGUUCACCACAUGUCUGUACAUUGUAUACACGCUUCCCGCCAUUAAUCCUGCUAUUUACGCGUUCUGGUCACGUGACAUAAGGAGUGGCAUAAAACAGCUGUUGACUUGUUGGAGACGAAACAGCUAGAAAAGAAACAACGAACGAAAGACAGGGAACGAACGUAUGACGAGCUUGAACCAGGGCCAUGGUAGUAGCAGGCAAACCGAGGCACUUGUCUCAGUCAUUUACUUCGUUUUUGUUGUUUAUAGUCAUCAUAAAUACCCUAAAUACCGAGGAGGAGAAUUAAACCAUGGACAUUGCAUCCAUGUCCAAUACACUCAAAGUGAGUUGAGUCGUCUGUACGCCUUGUUCAUAAUUCAGUUUUUCAUGGACAUCGCCUCAGUGAUAAUUUUUUCUCGCUACGAUUCUGUGAACAGAAAAAUGGCAGAAGAAAUAAGUACCGUAUAUAGGCUAAUGUAACAGAAAAGCCUCUUAAUUUUCCGAUCCAAAUCGUAAAAAAAUGAUAUAGUGAGAAAGGAAGUCAUACUGAAGCCUUGGAAGGUUUGAUUCAUUAGGCGCGGUCGCUAAGGCCGGGUAAAAAGCUGACUUCGCAUCCUCGCCACGGAGCCCUGACGGAGCCUCUGCGUAACCUUGCCGUUUCAUAGAGUCAAUUGACCGCGGCAAAUGGAAAAGCGAACACAAAAGCUCUUUCAUUGUAAGUAGCCAUAGCUUUUAUUAAUAUUUCACUACCGGGUCGAGAUACACCUAUCAUAUAGGUUUAUAAAAUGCUACUAUGCGUCAUAACUGUUCUUUAUAGCCUCGUGCAAAACAACCACAUAAACUGACAUUCUCUCAGUUUUUCAUUUUCAUUCUUCCAUGUGUCUUCCUCCGCGAGUUCGAGGGACGAACGCUGAUUGAAUGACACUUCAUAAAAUAUUCGACUUAUUUCAGGUAUAAAAUAAAUGAUAGAUUUAAUGUGAAAAUAAAUAAUCUUAGUGAAGGAAUUCCUCACACAUUGUGAGUUCACUGGUAAUUUCUAUAACGUUAUUCAAACUCUGACCAAAGAAAAAAGACCAUACAUUAGUCUCGGUGAACUAUAGGUCAUUUAAUUCAUUAAAACAACUAGCAUUUAAAA